AUGUCAACCAUAACUGCUGGCAGAUAUGCGAAAGAUGAUGUAGAUGUUGAGACGAAGUGGUGGAAAGAAUAUCCGAGCAAGUGAGUUUUUUUAACGGGUUUUUGGGGAAUUGGUAGUCGAAGACAGCUACCAUUUCUUAAAAAUUCAAAAAAUUAAUUUUUAGUCCAAGUUACGCUUCACCGAAAUAAACACGCAACGCAGACCGCGUCGCGCCACAACAUACACAAAUAAGGGAACGAUUCAAAUUCCCUCCCUUUUCUGUGUGUGUUGUGGCGCGGAGCGGUCUGCGUUGCGUGUUUAUUUUGGUGGAGCGCGUGAGAUUUUCGAUAAUAGUUAAUAAAAACAAUCAAACAUAAUUUGGCUACUGUAACUUGCAUGUUGUGUGUAAUUGUGCGUCGCGGUGUAUGUGUGUACCGCGCUUUUCAAACCGUUUGAAUUUACUUACAAGGAAUAGUUCCCAAAAUUCCCCCGGGAAAAUGGGAUUUAAUGGGCGGAAGUUUUAGCAUUUGGGUAGGUAUGAAAAACCCCAAAGGGAUUUGGCAUGCAAAAAUUUUGUUCCCGGAUUACCUGGGGGUGGACCUUUUUUCGAGAAUGUUUUGGGUUCUGAACUUUGAAAAAUCGUAAUUCCACUUACAAUGGACGAAAAAAGUCGAUCAAAACAGUUAAACAAAGCUUACAUACUGCUCUAUAGACUGAAAAAUAGAGUUGUAAAAAAAUAUUUUUUUGACCCAGAAAAAUAAAAAAUUUCAAAAAAGUAAAAAAAAUUUUUUUCCAAAAUUUUUUUUAGAGGAAGUUUCAAGUGUUCUAGUGUUGAUUUUCGAACUCUACGCACAAAUUUACGUAUAGUAACAUGUUGAAAUCGAUAUGUCUCCGGGUCCCCAGAAGUUCUAGAAAUCGAUUUUAUGUUUUUCUGUUGCAAAAAUCAACAAAAAUAGUGUUUUAUGCAGGCUACACUUUUGAGUAAAGUUGAAAACGUAGGAAUUUCCAAGCAAAAGGUCACUGGAUCGAUUCCUCACGUCGGAAAAAAAUAUUUAUUGGAAAAAUAUUUUUUUGGGAAAAGUUUCAAGGGUCUGAACAUGUAGUUUAGCGAAAAUACUGAACUUCUGAAGAAAAUUUGGUCAGGCUAACAGAACAUUUUUGAAUUUGUCAAAAACUAUCACGCUGUCAACUAGUUACGCCAGAAGAGCCGCUUUAGCUGGCAGACCAGUUUGGAAAACCACUUAAACUCGGGACGGCGCCUUGAGAGCAUUUAUGUCAAGUCGUUGCGCCUGCAGAGACCACUAGACAAGGCACAGCGCCUAGACAAAGCAAAGGCUGACAAGGAGCCGCGACUAGAGAGCAAGUCUUGCAAGGAGCCACGUCUAGAGAUUGAACCUGACAAGGAGCCACGUCUAGAGAGAAAGUCUGGCAAGGAGCCACGUCUAGAGAUUGAACCUGCCAAGGAGCCACGUCUAGAGAUCAAGUCUCACAAGGAACCACGUCUAGGGAACUUGAAUGACAAGGAGCCACGCCUAGAGAGCAAGUCUUGCAAGGAGCCACGUCUAGAGAGAAAGUCUGACAAGGAGCCACGCCUAGAGAGCAAGUCUUGCAAGGAGCCGUGACUAGAGAUCAAGUAUGUAAAGGAGCCACGUCUAGAGAGAAAGUCUGGCAAGGAGCCACGUCUAGAGAGAAAGUCUGGCAAGGAGCCACGUCUAGAGAUUGAACCUGCCAAGGAGCCACGUCUAGAGAUCAAGUCUCACAAGGAACCACGUCUAGGGAACUUGAAUGACAAGGAGCCACGCCUAGAGAGCAAGUCUUGCAAGGAGCCACGUCUAGAGAUCAAGUCUGGCAAGGAGCCACGUCUAGAGAGAAAGUCUGACAAGGAGCCACGCCUAGAGAGCAAGUCUUGCAAGGAGCCGUGACUAGAGAUCAAGUAUGUAAAGGAGCCACGUCUAGAGAGAAAGUCUGGCAAGGAGCCACGUCUAGAGAGAAAGUCUGGCAAGCAGCCACGUCAAGAGAGCAAGUCUUGCAAGGAGCCACGUCUAGAGAGAAAGUCUGACAAGGAAAUGACAAGGAGACUAGUUUUCUAGGCGCGGCCGCUUGUCAGGUUCAAUCUCUAGGCGCGGCUCCUUGCAAGACUUGCUCGCUAGGCGUGGCUCCUUGUCAUUCAAGUUCCCUAGGCGUCGUUUCUUGUCAGAUUUACUCUCUAGGCGUGGUUCCUUGUGAGACUUGAUCUCUAGACGUGGCUCCUUGUCAGACUUUGUCAGACAGCGCCUAGAGAGCAAGUCUCACAAAGAACCACGCCUACGGAGCCUUCUAGACGUGGCUCCUUGUCAGGUUCAAUCUCUAUGCGCAGCUCCUUGCAAGACUUGCUCUCUAGUCACGGCUCCUUGCAAGACUUGCUCUCUAGGCGUGGCUCCUUGUCAGACUUGAUCUCUAGACGUGGCUCCUUGCAAGACUUGCUCUCUAGGCGUGGCUCCUUGUCAUUCAAGUUCCCUAGACGUGGUUCCUUGUCAUUCAAGUUCCCUAGACGUGGUUCCUUGUGAGACUUGAUCUCUAGACGUGGCUCCUUGUAAGACUUGAUCUCUAGACGUGGCUCCUUUACAUACUUGAUCUCUAGUCACGGCUCCUUGCAAGACUUGCUCUCUAGGCGUGGCUCCUUUACAUACUUGAUCUCUAGUCACGGCUCCUUGCAAGACUUGCUCUCUAGGCGUGGCUCCUUGUCAGACUUUCUCUCUAGACGUGGCUCCUUGCCAGACUUUCUCUCUAGACGUGGCUCCUUGCAAGACUUGCUCUCUAGGCGUGGCUCCUUGCCAGACUUGAUCUCUAGACGUGGCUCCUUGCAAGACUUGCUCUCUAGGCGUGGCUCCUUGUCAUUCAAGUUCCCUAGACGUGGUUCCUUGUGAGACUUGAUCUCUAGACGUGGCUCCUUGGCAGGUUCAAUCUCUAGACGUGGCUCCUUGCCAGACUUGAUCUCUAGACGUGGCUCCUUGCCAGACUUGAUCUCUAGACGUGGCUCCUUGCAAGACUUGCUCUCUAGGCGUGGCUCCUUGUCAUUCAAGUUCCCUAGACGUGGUUCCUUGUGAGACUUGAUCUCUAGACGUGGCUCCUUGUAAGACUUGUUUUCUAGACGUGGCUCCUUGCCAGACUUUCUCUCUAGACGUGGCUCCUUUACAUACUUGAUCUCUAGUCACGGCUCCUUGCAAGACUUGCUCUCUAGGCGUGGCUCCUUGUCAGACUUUCUCUCUAGACGUGGCUCCUUGCCAGACUUGAUCUCUAGACGUGGCUCCUUGCAAGACUUGCUCUCUAGGCGUGGCUCCUUGUCAUUCAAGUUCCCUAGACGUGGUUCCUUGUGAGACUUGAUCUCUAGACGUGGCUCCUUGGCAGGUUCAAUCUCUAGACGUGGCUCCUUGCCAGACUUUCUCUCUAGACGUGGCUCCUUGUCAGGUUCAAUCUCUAGACGUGGCUCCUUGGCAGACUUUCUCUCUAGACGUGGCUCCUUGCAAGACUUGCUCUCUAGUCGCGGCUCCUUGUCAGCCUUUGCUUUGUCUAGGCGCUGUGCCUUGUCUAGUGGUCUCUGCAGGCGCAACGACUUGACAUAAAUGCUCUCAAGGCGCCGUCCCGAGUUUAAGUGGUUUUCCAAACUGGUCUGCCAGCUAAAGCGGCUCUUCUGGCGUAACUAGUUGACAGCGUGAUAGUUUUUGACAAAUUCAAAAAUGUUCUGUUAGCCUGACCAAAUUUUCUUCAGAAGUUCAGUAUUUUCGCUAAACUACAUGUUCAGACCCUUGAAACUUUUCCCAAAAAAAUAUUUUUCCAAUAAAUAUUUUUUUCCGACGUGAGGAAUCGAUCCAGUGACCUUUUGCUUGGAAAUUCCUACGUUUUCAACUUUACUCAAAAGUGUAGCCUGCAUAAAACACUAUUUUUGUUGAUUUUUGCAACAGAAAAACAUAAAAUCGAUUUCUAGAACUUCUGGGGACCCGGAGACAUAUCGAUUUCAACAUGUUACUAUACGUAACUUUGUGCGUAGAGUUCGAAAAUCAACACUAGAACACUUGAAACUUCCUCUAAAAAAAAUUUUGGAAAAAAAUUUUUUUUACUUUUUUUGAAAUUUUUUAUUUUUCUGGGUCAAAAAAAAUAUUUUUUUACAACUCUAUUUUUCAGUCUAUAGAGCAGUAUGUAAGCUUUGUUUAACUGUUUUGAUCGACUUUUUUCGUCCAUUGUAAGUGGAAUUACGAUUUUUCAAAGUUCAGAACCCAAAAAAUUCUCGAAAAAAGGUCCACCCCCAGGUAAUCCGGGAACAAAAUUUUUGCAUGCCAAAUCCCUUUGGGGUUUUUCAUACCUACCCAAAUGCUAAAACUUCCGCCCAUUAAAUCCCAUUUUCCCGGGGGAAUUUUGGGAACUAUUCCUUGUUAGUUUUUUCUGCGAGUUUUCCGAGAUGAAUCUAUGUAGGUUUAUUUUAAUAGAAUUAUGUCUUAUUUCUUUGAUAUUUUGAAAAAUUAAUAGGACCUAAACCAUACCACGCCCAGGGUGAGGCAUAUGCACGGCGCCAAUUAAAAUUUACGGAAAUUCACCUCGCCAAUAUGAGAUUUUCUUGAAAAACAGCACAUUUUUGCUUGUUGUUCCGUUAAAAAGUGGUAUUUUUCAGUCAAAAAGGUUGUUUUCACCUCGCCAAAAAAUUCGAAACCCACACCGCCAAUUUUCAAAGUUAAUUUGCACGAAGCUGGGCGUGGUAUGACCUAAACCUAACCCGUCUAAUUCAAAGCCCUUUCCAACACUCCCCUCGAUUUUUGCAGGUACUACGUCGAACGAACCCGUCCUCAAGAUCUCUACAAUGAUUUCAUCUCAAACACCUGGAGCAAAUCGAAACGUCUCGCAAAAAGCGCAUCCUACACCAAUUUGACCUACAUCCGCGACAAAGAUAUGAUGGAUUAUCCAAUCAAACGAUCCGAUUCGGUUUCAUUGUUGGCUCCAUCAUUGGCACUUCCCCAAUACUGUAGAGAAGCUCAACGAAUCGUUCACACUGCACCCGUCUACAAACCACAUGUUCAUCAAUGGUACAAUGGAAGUUAUAGUGCGGCCAGAUUCAGAGAUACACAUAGAGAGAUCAAUAAACCAUACAAACCACUUGAUACAUAUAUUUCAUCAGCAUCUUCGCAUGUUCCAUAUUAUACGUUUCAAACUCAAAGAAUAUUCUUUGAUGAGGUUUGAGCUUCACGCCAUUUCGAAAAUCAUCAUAUUUUUUUCCAGAAAGCCCGUCAACUCGCUCCAUAUCUCAAAGAAUCUCAACGCUACAUGGAUCGCUAUGUGUCAUCUCGCCUCAAAGCCGACGACUACGCCAAUCGUUUCGCAUACUCCGCCUACGAAUGGCGCAAACCACAAGAUCACGCGUUCAACCGUCACUUCAUGUAUGAUCAAGGUGUUUUUGUUGCCACACCAACUGCAGUUCCAGCCGUCACUUAUGAUAAAUUCCCGAUGCGAAGACUCUACAAACGAACCGGCAGAUUUUAUUUUUAA